AUGCUUCAUCGAGCCUUCGACGAACAACAACUCGAUUUUUUGCAUUUGUGUAGUUUGGGAGAUGAGCAACGAGUUCAAAGUGCAUUAUUAUCUGGAAGAGUUGAUAUCAAUUAUAGACAUAAACAGAAUGGAUGGUGCGUUUUUCCCCUGAAAAUUGUAAAAAGAAAUUUGAUAGUUUUUUUUGCUUCACAAUCAGGAAGAUGAGAAGAACAAAGAAUUUUUUGCUUUACGUUUGAAUGAGAGAAAAAAGUGAUUUGUUAUGACAAGAUUUUUUUCACAGAAAAUGUAAACUUAACUUUUUUCUGUCAAAAACUGAAUGAUUAGCAUAAUUUGAUCUAAAUAUCGAGUAUUAAAAUUUUGGAGCUCUGAACCUUGACUCACAUCCCGUUUCUAUUUUUUCGGUAAAUUUGUUGCUGUUUCCAUAAAAAUCACUUGAUAUCAAUUAAUCAGUUUCAUCUUCUUUUUUUUGUUCAAAAUGUUCCCUUCGAUCGAAAUGAUACAAUUUAUGUAUUCAUUGAGAUAUAUAAAAAAGAGUGUGUAAAAGAAAAAAGCAAAGAAGAACAACAACUGUUUGAUGAGUAUGUGUAUUCGAGGAGAAAAGAAUGAAUAGCCAAUGGAUGGACUCACUUGAUUUUAUGAUUUUUCUGAUCAUAUUUUUUCGAUGCUUUAUUACUUUUUUUGUUUGUGUUUGGAAUGGAUUGAUGUGUGAGAAAUUAGGAGUUUUCUCUUAAAAUAACAUUUGGAUUUUUUUCCAGGAAUUUUCGGUAUGAAAACUUUUUUUCGAAGGUUAUGAAAUACAAAUCCGAUUCUGAAAUUUCCAUUUUUCAAAUUAAAACUUUUGACUCAAAAAAUUGUUUUUCAAAUAUGUAAACGAAAAACUUUCAAUCUCUAAUUUUUUUUCAAUUCUCAAAGUUUAUUUUUUUCAGUAUUUUUUCAGUGCUUGAAUUGUUCGAAUUGUUUCCAAAAAAUUACUCUGAUUUUUAUCGGUUUCAAAUUUGGUUUAUAUUUUGAAAAAUAUUUAUUUUAAAUUUUUUAAAAGAAAAUGAGGAUUCUGGUUUUCGCUGAUGUUCAUAAGCUCUAGUAAAGUUAAAUUUUCUACUUUUGUCAAAAUUUAAAAUGUUCCAAAUCUAGUAUUUUUUCUGUUCAUUUCUCCAUUCAAAUUUAUCAAGGUUUUACAAAACUAUUAUUCUCCAAAAAUCUUUCAAAUAUCCUUCUGAACUUCCCAAUGUCCCCUUUUCAAACUAAAUAUUAAUUUCAGGUCAGCUCUUCAUUGGGCAGCUUGUCGCGCUCACAAAAACGUGUGCCUUGUUUUAAUCGAAGCCGGCUAUCCAUUGAAUUGCGUUGAUAACACGGGAAGAACACCGUACGACGUAAGUUUUGACAGCUGUCAAAAAAAAGAGUUUUUGGUCUCAAAAAAACUACAAAAAAAGUGCAUUUAGGUUUGCCCAGAGGACAAAUCAGAUAUUCGAGACAUUUUGCAAUCAACAGAACAAGGAGAGGAAGAACAAGAACAAGAAGAUAUGGUGCAAAGUGAGAUUUGCUUUUUUUUUUUCGGAAAAAUACAGUAACCUGAUUUUGUUAAAGGUACAGCACGUCGUCGCGCAUCUGAAGCCCCUCAACAUACUCCAGGUUUUGUGCCAAAUUAUGUCAGAAAUCCACCAUUUCCAUAUACACACAAAACAUCAUUUGAUAAUAGUUAUUCAUCGCCACCAAUGACACCGGGUGAGUUUUUUUUUAAUGUUUUUAUGGAUUGGAAAAUAAUUUAAAAACAGUUUUUGCCUCCAAGAAAUAGAUUACUCAUUGUUGAUAAUGUAGUGGAUUCCUUUUCCUAUCCUCAAUCAUUGCCAUAGUCUGGAAAUGUUAAUAUUUUUUCCGAAUAUUUUUUUUCAAAAAAAAAAUUGAUCUACCGUUUUGAAUAAUUCUGGAGAGCACUCGAACAAGUUGACUCCAAAUGGAAGAAGUGUUGGAUUUUGACGAAUUCUCUGGAAUUUUUAGGGCUAUUUUAAAAUUUAAUUAAUCUUCUUAAAUUUUCUCAGCAUUUUUUUUCAAAUACUGACAAAAUUUACCACAAAAUAAAAAAUUCUUGGAGGUAUGGGGAAUUGAACACCAGCCCUCUCCCAUGCUAAGGGAGCGCUCUACCACUGAGCUAUACCCCCACGCGAAAUCGUGUCAUCGCAAUGCCUAGAUAUCUCUGUUCAUGCUAUCUUUAAUUUUUCCGCUGAAGUAUUUUGGUGAUAAAGCUGGUUUUAUAAUCGUCACAGAGAAAUUUCCAAAAAGAAAUAUUUUAACUCACAUCAUCAUAAACUUUCAUAACCGGUGCCUUUGGUUUUUCCACAAUAGGUUUAGCCGGUGUUGGUGUUGGUUGAACCCAGGUUAUUGUUUUGCGACGUUGAAUUGGUGUUUCAAGUGGAGUAUUUGAUAAAAUUGGAAUACGAGAUAUCUUUGGCUUUUUAGCGGUUCUGAAAAUAUUAUGAAGAUAUUUUUCGGGCAGAGAAUUUUUCAUAUUUUCCCAUUUUUUGUUCAAAUUAUGGAAUAUCUCAAAGAGAAUAAAAAGGUUACUCACUUUUCCAUUGGAUUUGACGACAUUUGACUUUUCCUAGAUAAAAAAAAAUGAAAAAUGAGAUGAAAUGAAAAUUAUCACGUGUUUUUUCAUUUACGUUUUUUUAUUUAUUUAUUCCGUAAAAUCAUUUUUCAUAUUUUCCCAACCCAAAAAUCAUCCUAUUUUAUUUGCAGGAUCACCAAACUCGAACACAACAACAUAUUCAUAUGGAAGACGAGAUUCUUUCAACAAAACUCGAUUUUUAUUGGUUCGAACAAGUGUCGAAAAAGGAAAAGAAACAUAUAAAAGAGUAACUUUGCCUGGUGGAUCGGAUAUUGAAAGAUUGAAAUCGACGAUUGAAAAAGCAUGCAAGGGAAAAGCUGUUGAUAUGAUAUUUACACUUCCCGAAAAUGUGAGUAUGAAUGGAAUCUGGUAGUUUUUUUUUCGGAAAAAUGUUAGGUGCUAUUUUUGAUUUACAAUAGUUUCUGGUUUGCUGUAGAUCAAUGUUUGGCGGCAGAAAUUUCAAGAUUUUCCGGAUUACUUUAAAUCAAACUUUAUGAAACUAAAAUUAUGCACAAAAACUAUCAAUUUUUUUUGGGAAAAAUUUUUUCAGGGCAUUUUUUUCUGGAUUUCUGUUAAAGUCACUGUUGGGGCCAAAAAUUCUAGAUUUUUGGGUUACUGUAAAUCAACCUUAUUGUAAGGAUUGCACCAAAAAAACGCUUCCAGUUUGAAUUCAAAAUUCCAAGUAUAUUUAUUUAUUAAUUCAUUAUUCAUCCCUGUUUUUUCAGGAUCUCGUCGAAACCGAAGAACAAAUCCACGCGUUCAAAGAUUGUCAGAAAAUCGAUGUCAUUUUCAAAGAUGAAAAUCGCGAACAAACUCCGGCUGUGGUGAGUUUCUUUUUUUCUCAUUUUUUUUCUCAAACAGUUGACUUGACUACUGAUAAAAUACAAUAGAGUACGAAGAAAUUAGAGACACAGAGAUAAAUACCAAAAUUCUUCUAUUUGUAAAUAUAUAAACAAGCCAGCCUCCGGAGGUGUUCCAUUUUUCUCUAUUUCUCUUGUCAUACAUAGAUAGAAAAAGAGAGAAAAAAGAAAAAGAGUACUUUGUUCGGACCGCCUGGAAAAAAUAGAAGAAGAAGAAGAAGAAGAUGCUUCUAUUUUUGAAAAGAAUUUUACUUGUUUUCUUGAUUUUUCCUAACUUAGGGAACCGCCCGUUUUAAUGUUUUCCUCCAAUUCUGAAAAUGUUCAAAGUCGAGAAAAUCUAGAUUUUCCCCCUCCUAUUCACAUUUAUUUACACAAGCUUACAUUUUUUCCGCCAUUCUUCUUCAAAUUUUUUGCAUGUGAAUUAUGUGUGAGUGAGAGUACUUUGAUCACGCUUUUUCAUUCAUUUAUUUCUUUUUUCUUUUGAAACAGUAGCUUUUUGAUUUACGGAAUGAUGAACUGUUUAGUUUUCAGUGAACUUUUUUGGAAUUUUUUCAAGCUCUGAAGAAAAAUUAUGUUUUUUAAUUAGUUUUCUAUAAAAUUAGUUAUGACGUGGAAAACGAAUUUCUUUUUUAACGGAGAGUUUUCCAGUUUUUGGUCCCCAAAGCCUCAAAAGUUUCAAGAACAAACUUCAAAAAUCUAUCUCUCUUCAAAAUUCUCAGCUAUCAGAUUACUGAGAAAAGUACGAUUUUUUCUUGCGAAAACGUCAUAACCUAAUAAUUUGCAAAAACACAACCAGUCAAGUGAGCGUUGCUGGGGGUUUCAGGAUAACCCAACAACUCCGGACCGAUAAUGUUGAAAUAUAUGAAAUAGCAUUCUGGUUAUAUAUCCUAGUCAAAAUGAACGACCGACGUUUGCCUGGUUAUUUGCUAUAUGUUUCGCAACAUGUUUUUUUGUGCUAGGAAAAGGGGAAAGGGAAGGAAAGAAAAGUGAGAAAAUCUCUAGUUGAACAUAUUUUGAAAUUAUUUUUGAAGCCUUUUCGAAUGUAGAAAAAAACAAUUUUUCGAAACGAUAACUUUUCAAAAUUCAAAUUUGUUAUCAAUUUUUAAAAAAUUUAUUUUUUAUCAAAAAUAUCAAAUUUCAGAGGGGCCCUUUCACUGUUCUAACAAAAACAAUAUCAAUUUGUUUUCUUGAAAUAUGAAAUUACAACGUGGCAUUAUGUUAAGUUGUUCCAUUAAGUUGAAUUUGGUUUCAAAAAAGUUAUAUUUUAAAAAUGUUUCUAAUUUUUCGUGACGCAAAUUUUUUCUGAAUAAAAAAUCUGAAACCUUUUUCCAUAAUUAACCAUAUGACAAAUUUCCGAUAAACUUUUCUUAUCAACUUAAUUUUUCAUAAUGACGUAGCGAAGCUAAGAGAAGUUCAGAUCAAUUUCGAAAUGUGUAUUUGCAUCACUGGAAUUUCUUUCGGUCAGCUAUUAUAUAAUUGUUGAAUUGGUGUCAUUUUCACUUCAAUUUAUCAUUUUCUCUCCAAUUCUUUUUUUUUGUUGUUCUGUUCAUUUUUCUUCUAUCAAUCUAUCUAUCAUCAAAUGAUAAACAAAACAAAACAUCUGUUUGUCGUUUUUCGCAACCUCAAAUUCUCCAUAGCUUUUUUUGCGUCAAAAGUUCACGUGAAACUAAGUCUCCAGAUGAAAAAAAGUGACACAUGUUCAUUUUUCUGAAUCUCUCUUUCUCUUACUUUUGAGAUUUUACACAUUUUUGUUUAGUUUAGUUUAUAUAUUAUUAUAAUAUAUACUAUGGCUAGUAGUUCUGACGAAAUUGAUGAUGAAAAUGAGAAUUUUUUGAUUAAAAAACCUAGAAGAGUUUUUUCGAUCAGAAAAGUUGUUUGUAAGGUGAGCAGAACUUGGAUCACUUCUAUUUCUUACUUGAAAUUCUAUAUGUUCCCCCCGUUCCAACUUUUUUAUUUUUCAGACAAGUGACAGAAUGUCUAAAGAUGAUGUAGUUGAAAAAGAUUAUUCGACUGCGGUUCAAGAAAAAGAUGAAGUUGAAGUUCCAAAAUCGUAUGAAGAAAAUGAGAAUAUAGAAAUCGAUGUUGAAUCAUCGAACAAUUCGGAAGAAUCGACUGAAGAAAUCACAAAAGUCGAAGAAGAGCCAAAAUUGAUUCCAUUGGCAACGAGACAAAGUUUGGAUUCGGAUCCUGGAGAUUUUGUGAAAGUUGAAAGUGGAGAAGAGGAGAAAUUGGGAGAAACAUCACCAGCUGUGGCUGGAAUUGCGGCUGCUAUUCCAAUUAUUAAUGUGAGUUUUUUUUCGAGGGAAAAAAAUAUUACUGAAAUAAUUUAGAGUUUAUUUGAAAUUUUGUCAUUUUUUUCUCAAAAAUUUUUCUUGUAAAUUUGCCACGUCAUAGCGUGAUUUUUAUGAAAAUAAUUUGCAAAAACACAACCAGUCAAGUGAGCGUUGCUGGGGGUUUCAGAUAACCCAACAACUCCGGACCGAGUGUAAACAUGAUGAAAUAUCAUUAUGGUUAUAUACCCUAGUCAAAAUGAGCGACCGACGUUUGCCUGGUAAAUUGCCAUGUUUUUGUGUGUUAGAAAAAGGGAAAGAGAAAAGAGAACGCUCUCUAGUUAGUUGCAGGUGUUUUCAAAGCUAAGUAGGUUUUCGAAUGCUUACAAAAAGUUUUUUUGAAACAGUAAUUUUUUAGCAUCAAAUUUCUCAUGUUUUUUCACCAAAAUUAAUUUUUUUCAAAUUUUCUACAAAAAAUGUUUCUCGCUUUAAUUUUUUUUUCAAACUUUAAUUUUUUUAAUGAAAAUUUCGAAAUUAAGGAAUUUGGGUAAAAUAAAUGCCUCUUAAAUGUUUUCUGUGAAACAAUUUAAAAAUUAGAACUGUAAUAUUCGACCCAAUAGUUAUGUACCAAUAUUUUGAAUUUUCAGGCUCAAGUUGAAGAAGAGGCAAAACAUCAACCACCUCCACAACCCGAAGAUCUGCCUUCAUUCACAGUUCCAUCUUCAAAAGCCACAGUUGUCGAAGAAUCGAAUCAAGUUCCCGAAGAUCGAAAAUCAUCGGAUAUCGCCACGUGGAUCCAUCAAAAUCCAGAUAUUGUUAGAAAUGUUGCAACAGCGGCGGCGGUGGCUGGAGUUGCUGGACUCGGAUAUUAUGUAUACGUAAAGAAAUAA